AUUAAGGGAGAGGGAGAUGUUGGAGCUUAUCAGGAUGUUCAUGACUGCCUAUCAAAUCAAGGCCAUAGCAAGUUAAGUACUGCAGUGAUGGAGACAUCUGUAGGUGAUUGCUGGAUUGGAUUACCUCUCCCUGUUUGUAUGGAAAUGUCAGAAGAUGAUAACAACAUGGAAGAAUACCCCACUGAAAUUCAUGAUUAUCUCACAGCAUUUGAAAAAUCUCUUGGUUCUGUAGAUGAGAUGCUGAAGACAAUGAUGUCAGUUUCUAGGAAUGAGCUUUUGCAAAAGUUAGAUCCUCUUGAGCAAGCAAAGCUGGAUUUGGUUUCGGUGUACACAUUAAAUUCCAUGUUCUGGGUAUACUUGGCUACCCAAGGAAUCAAUCCAAAGGAACAUCCAGUGAAACAAGAACUGAUGCAUGACUACAGUACAGAAGGCCUUGAAAAUUCUGCUGACUUAAAAAACCGAAUCAUUUAGCCUGAAGAAAAAACCGAAAUCAAAAUUUCUCACUACUCAUUUUAAUUCCUGAAUAAAUGAAAAUAUUUAAUCUCAGCAGCUGUAAAAUACUAAGCUUAAAUGUAAUCCUUACAUAAUCAGUGGAAUGAGAAGAGGACUAAAAAAUGCAGAAAGCUAGCCUGAAUAACAAGAAUACUUGUAUUUUUAAUUUUGUGAGCUUUUCAGUAGUCUAAACUGUAUCAUAUUAAAAAAUGCAUCAGUUAAUACUUCAUGAGCUUUCUGUCAGUUUUACUUUGUUCCUCCUAUAUUAUAUAGUAUCUGAAUAUCGUGUUAAUUUAGUGAUACUAAGAACUUUUAUCUCUUGUGCUGUGGAUAUUUUAUGUUGUAUUUUGCUUCACAACUGCUGUUUUAACUCUGAAGAGUGAAUAUUUUCAUAGCUGAUUGUUACUCAGGUCUCUUUUCCUUUUGCAAGUAUCAAGGCUGCACAUGAAUGCACAUUUCUUCCUUCCAGAGGCAUUGUGAUGUUCUUAUUCAUGUGGAAAGGGAAUUAAAAAAGACUGUUCUGUCAUGAUUAUUUUGUUUGUAGGAUUGCUCUCCUUGUGUACAUGCAGGUAUUCAAACUGUAUUAAUAAAACUCACACUCAGACUAUCAGAAUUCAUUUCUUUUGUCAAGUUGACAUUUUCCAGCUCCUUUUUCCCAUGUUAAUACAUUAGGCUUGCCAUCUGUUCUCAUUAGCCAUCUCAGUCACCAAAGAAGUAUUACAGCUGAUCAUGAUUUCAGACCCUGUAAAGCCCUCCUUGUUAAAGCUGUGUUUUUGAUACAGAAAGAGUGGCCAAGUUUUUGACAGUUGCUUAUAAUGAUCACUGAAGAGUUGAAAAUCAGUUCUGUAGUGUAAGUCCUGUAACUUUUGUUCCAGAUUCAAAGAGGUAGCAAUGGCUGUGUGAGAAAUGUGUGGGUUACAUAUCAAAAUUUAUUUUAGCAGUAUCCACGCGUGUUCUGUUAAUCCACGUUUCAUAGUUCAGGUAUCAGGCAGGGCACUAAAUAUAUGUGUAUAUAUAUAUAUUACUGUUGUUUGUGUGACAGUAACACCCAAAGGCCCUACAGUUAAGGCCAUAUUAGGCUAAAUAUGUAGACCUGAAAACUGUAAACCAAAUUGUUAAAUAUUUUGCAGAGUUACUGUGAGCAUAUUCCCUCGUCAGUAAAGAGAAGCAGGCACUUAUCAGAGGUAGAUUCCUAUCUUAAAGCUGCUUAGUACCCUCUAAAAGUAUUUUUCUUCAUUUGUUGCAGGAGCAGAUGAGGACAAGUAGGCACAUAAAUGAGAUUGUUAAGCUGGGGGUGGGUAUAGUUCUGUGGGGCCGAGUCCAAGUCAUGAUUUGGUAAAAAAAAAAACCCCAAAAAAACCAACAUAAACUCCAAAUGACUGGUAGGCUAAGAUUUCUCAAGUAAACAUGCCUUUCCCUGGAAAUAGGCCUGUGUUGUUAUUUAUGGCCAUAAAAUGAACUUCUGAUAUGGCUGGAAAUUCAUCAGACUGCCCUAAAUAAGUUCUUUGAUAAGGCCCCUUGACCAUUUCAGGAACUUAAGCCCAAGAUUUCUGGGUAGUUGCAUGUGUGAUGCUUGUGCCAUCUUUGAUUUUGUCUAAGAUGACUUUUUAGCUUUGCUUGGACUUGCUGAUUUUUUUUUUUUUUUUUUUGUGGACAGUAGUCAGGCAGUAUAAUGCAUCCAUAAAUGUAUCAAAUACCUAAAUAUUAUUUUGGCAUCUUUAUGUAAGUCAAACUCCAAACUGAGUUCAGUAUUUUAUUUUCUAACUUUGCUUGCAAGAACAGUUCCCAUAUCUUUGCAAAUAAGGUGCAGAGUCUGCAACUCUGUAGGACUUUGUGUUCCUGUUACAGUGGGUGUCAUGCAGAUGGUGUGGUAGGUACCUGUGAUGGAAAAAUAUGCUAAAGGGAAGUCUCAAGAUUGCAAAUAGCCUGGUAUAUUUAUUUAAGUAAUGCUAUUCUUCUUGGUGUUACAGUUCUAGAAGUGUACAAUGUGGAGAACUUGUGCUUAUUGAUUCAUUUUAGCAGUAAUCUUGGGAGAAUGGUUUGAAAUACUUUUCCUUUUUUCUUUUCUCCCUAGGAGAGAAUAAGAACAUAUAUGAACAA